UCUAAAACAAAAACAACAGGAUAGUUUACUUCCGAUGACAUUAGCCAUACAUUUUCGCGAACUUAACAAAUGGCAACGAAAUGGACCAAAAGAUUGACAUAUGUAACGAUAGGCCUGUACUUUUUUAUGGGAGGAAUUGAAUAUGCUGUGAUCCUGCCUACCAUAUGGCUGUACUUGAGAACAGACUUCAAUGCAGAGGAGUGGCUAUAGGACAACUGUUAAUAUUGAGCCCUGCUAUUUAUAUACACGUCCACUUCAGCUGUGAUCCUGCCUACCAUAUGGCUGUACUUGAGAACAGACUUCAAUGCAGAGGAAUACAUGUUGGGACUUCUGCUGUCGGGCUACAGCUUUGCCGCCAUUAUGUCAGGACCUUUACUUGGAAGAUGGUCAGACAGAUUUCGGAAGCCAAAGAUCCUGCUUAUUGUUGGCAUAUUGUUUGAAGUGGUUGGGAACAUCAUGUACUUCAUGGGGAUAUCCGUCUGGUUUCUGUUGGCUAGUAGACUGGUGGCAGGUGUGGGAGGUGGCGCUGAGGCAGUGUUGAUGGCCGAGGUGACGCGGUACAGCCCUGAGGAGAAGAGGACUGGUAUCAUCUCCAUCCUGGUAGCCAUACGACAGACUGGUCUCCUUGUUGGCCCCGGAUUGAACCUGUUUUUAAGGGAAAUGAAUUUUAAAGUUGGAAGCUUUGAAGUAACCAAGUACAACGUUCCAGGGGCUUUCAUGGCUUGUGUAUGGAUGCUACAAUUAUUCAUACUUGUCUUCAUGUAUACUGACCUUCACGAGUUAAACUCUGACGAAGUUUCAACAAAAAGCGAUGUUGACCUGCCAACCCCUGAAGGUCAUUUCCAAGGCAAUACAACAAACAUUGAGUAUGACGACGACAUCUACAGGGAAAUUAACGGGGCAAGCAAUUGCGAUGCCAAGGCAUUAAAUGGAGUAACAAAUUCAAGGUCACCAACAGCGGAUGAUCUGAUAGAAAAUGCUGAAAUCUUUAUGACAGAAUCAGAGCAAAGUUCAAGGUCGCACACUCCAGUUUCUGUUAAUGGUGAGCCUUAUAGUAGGACUCUGUCUGGACAAAGCAGCUCUGUGCCAGCAGAUGGACACAUAGCACCAAAUUCAACAACUUUGGUGGCCAAAUAUGGAUCAGUGGACCAUGUGUGUGAUGACAAUCAGAAUAAAAAUAACAGCGUGGAUCAUUUUGACCAAAGACAAGCAAGUUUAGAAGACUAUCUUCAGGGGAAAUCUAAACUGAGAUUUAUUUAUCAAGAGUAUGUGCGUGAGGAGAUUGUGACUGUGAUAGCUGUGCAGUUUAACAGCUACUUUAACCAAGUGGCUCUAGAGACGAUGGAGACCCCAUUGUCAAACAAGUUUCUAGGCUGGGGGGAGCUGGAGAACAGUAUCAUGUACUGCCUGGCAGGGGUUGAGAUAAUUCUGGUGUUCCUAUUCGUGACAUGGCUGAGUAAGCGUCUGGCCGACAGGUAUCUAAUUCUCAUUGGGACCCUGAUCCUCACUGCGGCCAAUGCCUGGAUGAUCUACGUGAUACCUAUUGCAGGGAACUAUGACUCCCGGACCAACCUGUGGAGGCUGAUUAUUGGCAUUGUGUUAGACAUGCUGGCCCUUCCACUGCUGGUGUCUGGGUCCAUAGCCUUGUACUCAAAGAUCACAAGGAGGGAAACGCAAGGCCUUAGUAUGGGUUUGCGACGCAGCGUUGUUGGCAUAGCAACCAUACUGGCUCCACUGUGGGCGGGCUCAACAAUAUCUCUGCCCUAUGUGAUGUUCGGCGUCAUGCUGGGACUCUUACUCAUGUCCUCUGUGAUGCUGCUGUUUUCAUUUAAGAAGUUAAUACCUACCAAUGAACAACCUGUCAACAAAGCUGGCCUGGUAACAGCCACUGACAGUGAUGACAACAUUAGAAAACCUUUGCUUUCAUGACCGUGUUAAGUUGAGUUUUAAGCUUCAUGUCUUUAUUACUUCAAUUUGGAAACAGACAAAGCUGUCAGUUUAUUAAGACAUUUUUUUAGUUCAUGUUAUUCCUGGGUAGAUCAAAUACUGUUUUGUUUUUGUGUUUCUGUUUUUGCUGAAGUUGUUUACAAUUACUUACUUGGCCAUGUUCUGUACAUCAAGUAUUGGUUCUAUCCAGAUAUUACAUGAUGUAAUAGCAGAAACAGACACCGGUGACUGCAUAAGGUAAAAUCAACCUCAGGUAUCUACUCAUAUUCAAGUACUAAGAUUCAGUAAAUAAUCAUAUAAAGAGCAAUCUCUGUGUGACUGUCAGGGGUGCCGUGGUUUAAAGGGAUUCUAUUGUGUGUAGUUUCACUAGUUGUUGCUGCUUUCGACUUUCUUCCAUAGUUUUCAUUUUAUAUGCCCCGAACUUUAAGGAAAUGUUUGUUUAUUUUCUAGUUGAUGCAUUUGUUGGCUUUAUCCAAACCCUAUCGACCCCAUGAGUAUUUUAAAGAUUCUUUUCUUUUUUGUCUGGAAAAGGUGUUUUAUUCUGUAUCACAUAGAUUGUAUCUACAAACUAUUUGCACUCAUUGUACCUUUUUACAUAUAUGCAUUAUACCACUCGACCAUACUUAUUAAUUUCAUUAAUGAAUAACUAACAUACUUAGAAACAUCAUACAAAUAUUGAGCAUGAAAUAUGUGUCAUAAUGACUUAUGUAUUUUUCUGUUUGAAUUUAUACUCCUAUUUUCAUAUGUUUACAUAAUAUUUAUAACAUCAUAUUUAUAGCAUCUUAUACUAAAACAUUAUGUAGGCUUCUCACGUCGUAAAAUGUAUAACCUGUGAUAUGUCAUAUGGGCUGUUUUAUCAUUGUGUUAAUGCUUCAUGAAUACAGUUCAUCUUUAUUUGACUUAAUUAUUUGGACCGCAAAAGUAAUGAUACAUGAUUUUGUUUGGUAUAAAAUUCAGUCAUGCUAGUCUAUAACUAAACAUAUUAUUUUGUGUGUCUGUUAGUCCAGUUAUUGUUGACCUAAAUUUUCAUAAAUUGUAUCUUUAUUAGAAUGAUAUUUAUAUAUGCACUUUGCUUGCCGGAAAUUUCUUUGUUGACUCUGCUUCUGCUUGGUACGGCGAAGGGCCAGCUACCGCGUGGUACACCGGGGAGUGCGCCUAGUGUAAUGGAGGGCAUACCAAAAUCCCUCAACUGUCUCUGUGUGAACAACUUUAUUAUCCAGGUGGUUCCACUCUGAUUACUAUUAGUGUUUUUGAUCACAAAGCCUAUAUCAUUAUUGAUCACUUGUUUGUCUAUUAUAUUUGAUGCUAAAAAGUCACUAUAUUGUUUUGCCUUAAUAAGUCUUUAAACCCGUGCUGGAUUUAAGUAUUCAGUUGCUGGUAUGGCUGGCACCAGCCCCUCGGCCACUUUGUAGAGCAUCACUAGGCGGUUGAUUUUGCGCCGUUCUUUGAGCGAUGGUAGUUCUAUUUGUUUAAGCAUGUUGGUAGCACUGGCUCGAAAUUUUGGUAAGAAUAAGUUUAUUGUUUGUUUGCUUUUAUAGCAAAUACGUGCAUAAUUUUUAACUUAAAUUCUUUAGAUAGUUUUGUGUAUACCUGUUAUAUUCGUGCUGCUUUUGAAUUAUUGUACUUGUGAGGAUAUUGUUUUUUGGUGCCAUACACAACUGCAAAGUAGAACUACAGUUUUUAGUUGCUAGAGGUAUAUAUGUUAAGAAAAAUAAAUUCACUAUUAAA